AGACGGAGAGGAAAGGAGGAAGAAGAGGUGUUUUUUGACGCCUAACGAACUCUAUACGAAUCGAAAUCACUGGUUUCGUCUCUGAUUUUUUUUGUGAAUCUGCAGAGGUGUUUCCCGUUGCUGGAUUCUUCGAUUUCGAAUCGCGUCAAGCAGAAUUGAUCUUCAGUCUCGUGUGUCUCCGGCUAUAUUAGUCGACUGAGAAGAGAAGGUGACUUUUUUUUGUUUUUGAGGGGGUGAAAUCGGAGAACGCUGCAAUAGGGAAAGAGAUGAUAACAAGAUCGAAUCUAGCAGAGCAGCUCAGGGAAUACCAGAUUCGAUCAAAGCAUGAUUGGGCAUCUGUUUCUUUCUUCUCUUCCACCUCGAGUUUUUCUUCUUCUAGGGUGGAUGUUGUAGUCUUUGUCAUCUGGGAGCUAGUCAUCUUAGCAUUCUUAGUGUUUUCAGCGGUUUCCUUGUACUUCAAGCGGUUACAGCUCGCAUUCAUCUUGGUAUGCGUAACUUUGCUGCUACUAAUUUGCAUGAAGGUCACAAAGCAAGUAAGGUUAGCCAGAAAGAAGAAGCGAAGGAUGCUGCUUCCGCUAUCUAUGUAAAGUUGCAACAUCUUCUUCAUCCAUAUGAGACUUUGCAACCAUUAUCUCUUAGCCACCAAACUCACCUCCUCGUUUACUGUGCUACUCUACUUGCUGCUUUAAUGGAUGAAGAUGACAAUUAUGCUCACAGCACGGGGUUUAGAGGUUUGAGUCCAGGUCAGGGUGGAUGAGCUGGAAAAUUUCAGGGUCUAGGGUUUUAGAGUCAGACGAUCAUUUUUUUGAUUAGGGUUUGGCUGCAAAUCUGGUUUUGUUCAGAGAAAAAUGUGUUCGAAAGAGUUGUGUUUCAUGUGUAACUGUGAUUGUGAAAUUCAAAAGGGUUUAGCCUAAACAAAUGAGGAAAAAUAUAAUAUCCAAGCUUGCAUUAUUUUUCAGAGGGUAA